AUGAGCACAGAGAGACAACAAGAAAUCUCUUGUCUCAGAGUUGUAUUCUUACGAAAAGAGUCGAAAGAGUACAACAACACCAAGAGCAUCUAUCCUCACUCAGACCAAACCACGGAAACUACUUGCGAGUCCUGUACGACUCGUUCUCUCAGAGACCUGUUGGGAGUGAUUCAACCCUCCUACAACACAACUACUAUCACGCAGCAACAACGUUGUUAUUCAUUCUCUACCUUCUCUCUCUCGAAGGACAAACCUCUCUAUCCGAAGCUUGUUCAAGCACCUCUCCAUCUACCUUCCUCUAUCUAG